CCUGGAUCAUCUUCAGUUGCAAAAGAAAAGCGAAAGCAGCCGUGUAAAGUGCUAGAUACGCAAGUACAGGAGAUCAAUUUCUAAAGUGCAUUUAAAGCUCAAAGUUUUGUGAAAAGUAAGAAUGGCGCUUAUUCCGAUUCUGUUCAGUGACUGGUGGGACGAUAGCUGGGACAGUCAACUUCGACUACCUCGUCUCUUUGAUCAGCAUUUUGGCAGUGGUAUCUGCGGAGAUGAUUUGUUAACAGCCCGUGCUGCGGCACAAUCAGCCAUUCAAAAUCAGCGCCGAUCUCAGUACGUAAGGCCCUGGCGCAAUUUUAAUUUGGCACCACUCCGGGACUCUGGUUCAGCUAUCAACGUUACCAGCGAUAAAUUCCAAAUCAAUUUGGACGUUCAGCAUUUCGCACCAGAAGAGGUCACUGUUAAGGCAACGGACAACAGUAUUAUCGUCGAAGGCAAGCAUGAGGAAAAACAGGACGAACAUGGUCAGAUUUCGAGACACUUUGUCCGUCGGUACAAGCUUCCAGCCGGACAUGACGCCAACCAGAUCGUUUCUUCGCUUUCGUCGGAUGGUGUACUGACAAUAUCUGCCCCGAAGAAAACUCUGCCUGAGACAGAAGGGCCAAGAAUGAUUCAAAUCGUACAGACUGGUCAACCGAAGAGACAACCAAUCGAGGACUCGCAAGCUCAAACGAAAAAUAAGGCUGAGGAGGAAAAAUAGAUUUUAAUAAUUUAAAUAAAUAAUGUACUGAAUUAUAUUCUUUUUCUGAUAGAA